UGAACAAUGUAAUUCUACUUGUUAAGAUCAAGCUCACGAGCUUGGCAAAGGUAUUUCCCUUCGUAAAUUCUUACCAGCGGCCUUCCAUUGAACUUUCCUCAUGAUUCAAUGACAACAAUUCCAGUCGAAAAUCAUGGUGCUGACAGACGAUAUAUAACUUUAUUUACACGAAAGUUUGGCGUGACCUCUGUACCUUACAAAUCUGCACGGGUCCGUUGGGUCGGCUUUAGCUUGAACUCGAUUAGAGAGUAAUUAAUGAUUAUCCGGGGUGUCGAGACGAUAAUGGUCUAGAAGUGCGCUGCUAUUUUAAAAGUUGAGUAAACGAACUAUAUUUAGCUUGUCAAAUCGCAAAUGUCUGCCACAAAGCUGGCUCAUGGCGUACUGCUUCAUAUCUAGCUCAGAAGAGAAACUAUGUUUUCAACUAUGCAAAGAGGUCAGUCAGCGUUGACACACCACAAUCUUACAAAAUAAUUUGCUGCCAUCAAGAGAAUAAUUUUAUAUUUUCAAAUUGAUUUUAAUUUUCCUUUGCUCUAAUGUACUGAGCUCAAUUGACGGGUUACUUUUUUUCUUGUAAAACACAUAGGUUUCAUUGAUCAGAAAGGCUCAAAAUUUACCAAAACUUCGUCUGUUUCAAGAAGCAGUCAUUGCUUUCUCGUUUAGUAGGCAGGGCAUGGUAUGGGCAACGAAUUCUUACCAUGAUUUUGAUAGGAUACACAACAUCCAUCUGGAUGCUUGAAAUGCAAUAAAUAAAAUCCACGCUAAUGAAUCGUGUUGGUACGAGGAGAAAUUCGAACAAAGAUAAGUUUCCUCUUCCUUACUCCAUGAAUGGCAGUUUUUCGUUAAAUGAUACCUUCGGGCGUUUUUCGGAGUUUUCAAUAGCAAAUGAGGUGGCUAUUGAAAACUACGGCCAAAAUCAAUAAUCAUGAUACUCCAUAUUUGAGAAUCAAGUUCGAGCGUCGCGCACAUUCGAUGGUGUUUACUCAAGCUAGGAGACGCUAUUCAGUCUUCCUCAGCUGGCGCUAAGAACUAUGUAUAACAACACUAAGGUCAAUGUUUGUUUUGUUCAGCUGAUCCAUAACGCUUGUGGCCCUAUUUGCGGCUUUGUUUUCAACCAUCGUCGACGGACGUUAGUUUUAUGCUUUGUUCGUAAGUGGACUUGCGGCUUCGUUCUGAGCGCACGUUGCACAUCUUGCCUGCACACUUACUACAUUAGACAUACGUGUAAGCACACUGAUAAGGUGGCAUCAGCUGCUACUUCUGCUGCUGCGGCCGCCGUCACCGCUGCUGCUGCUGCUGCUGCUACUGUUCCUGUCAUGGAAGCAAUCGAUGGUUUAUCGUAUUGUUGUAAUGUUGGGGUUUUGGACAUGAUUUGCUUGUAUUCUCUGAGCGGCAACUGUGUUUAACUCGCUUGUAGAAUUCUGCCUUAUCUGAGUGACAAUUCGUCCUCCGUAUAAUUAUAGCUUCAUACUAGAUUUUCUAUGUGCUACGUGAAAGACUAAGUCAUACUUUGUGGUAAUGCCGGUUCACACAGCCAAACGUGCACCAUCUGCAUUGUGACAUGAGUGAUCGAUGUGAGGGAUUCGAAUUCCAAAUGUGGACUCUAUUCGCUUUCACAGCCUGUCGCGUUGGUCCGCGUGUGAUAUAAACCUGCAUACAGUUUGGAAGGCUAUGGCAACUGCUGGAGAUACAACUAUGGACGAUGUUUUUGAAUCCGACCCGCCUACGGAAAUUUGUCCAAACGCAAUCAACGAAGAUGAUCCGGCUGUUCCAGAGCAAAGGCCGUGUUCAACUGAGCAAACGAACGAUGAGGAGCAGAAGUUCCAGCAGCAAAGUCAACCCCAGCAAAGCCAUGAUGCGCCGCAACAGCAGUCGCACACCGGCGAGGUGCAGGAUAAACAGUCCGCAGAGGAUUCGAAGUCGGAUGGCGACGGUAAACAGGAUGGCAAGGACGGUGCGGACAAUGACAAAGAGCACUCGGAAGAGGCAGCGCUGGUUGACCCAGAUUCAUUCCCAGAAGAUGACCUCCAAAAACUCGAAGAGAUGAUUAAUCGAUCUCGGUGGGUGGUACCAGUGUUGCCAAGUGGCGAACUAGAGGUGUUGCUGUUAGCAACGUUGCGCUUGGCAAGGAGAGGCAUCGAUGAACAGAACGAGCUCUGUAUGCGGUUUAUUCGGGACGGCUUGACAACGUCUUUCGUGAAGAUCCUCACUGACGAGGCAGUAUCCGGGUGGAAAUUCGAGAUUCAUAAAUGUAUUUAUCACAACUGCGUGUUGCUCAUCGAGCUAUGCGUGGCAAAGUUGGAUUCGAAUUGUCCCGAACUUCUUGACCUGUUAGCUCUUUUGUUCAAUCCGGACAACAAAUUUCAUCAUUACAACGCAUCACGCGGAAUGGACACACAAGAAAGCACGCCAUUUGCAAAAAGCGGUGACGCGCGAUCACCAAAAGGUUGGCUGGUUAACCUAAUUAAUCGUUUCGGGGCCCUUGGUGGCUUUGAGGUGUUAUUACGCCGUUUCGAAGAGACGAGCGUAGAUAAGCCGUUGCCGUUAAGUAUCAUCGUCUUGCUGGUCAAGCCUUUUGGGCAAUGCUGCCAGUUUUUGACGAAACAAACCAUUAGCACAUAUCUAAUGCCGAUCGUUGAGAAAGUGCCUGUGUACUUGCACAAAUUUUCGGACGAACAGCUCAAAAAGGAUACAAAAAAUGACUCACUUAGUAUGCUUGUCAGAUGGCUCCGUUAUAUAGCGUCGUGUGCUGGCCAAACGGCCAUGGUCGAACGGCUUGAGGAGUUUCGUCUACAAAUGCUACUUAAGCUCCUGCAAAUAUCGUCGUUCAACGGGAAGAUGAACGCACUUAACGAGGUGAAUAAAGCUAUAACGAACGUUAUGCUUUAUCGACAAAGUGGGCAUGGCCAGCGAUGCGUAGAUGCGUCGGAUGCUGAGUAUCUUACGAGUAACAAGAUGGUAGGCUGGAUCCGGGAUAACAAUGUGCUAUCGAUUGUACUUCGUGAUUCGCUGCACCAGCCUCAGUAUGUCGAAAAGCUCGAAAAGAUACUUCGCUUUAUGAUAAAGGAAAAAGCACUCACUCUAAGCGACCUCGACGCUAUAUGGGACUCUCAGAGCGGCGCGACACGCCACGAGGCCAUCGUCAAGAACAUCCAUGACCUCCUCGCCAAGUUAGCCUGGGACUUUUCGCCUGAGCAGCUUGAGCAUGUGUUCGAGUCGUGCUUCAAAAAGAGUUGGGCGACAGCUCAGACGAAGAAAGAGCGGGAAAAACUCAUUGAGCUGAUUCGGCGGCUGGCCGAAGACGACAAGGAUGGAAUGAUGGCACACAAGGUACUGCAGCUGCUCUGGGGUCUAGCCCACAAUCAGCAGGUCCCUAAUGAGAUUGUCGAUCUGGCGCUGUCAGCCCACCUGAAAAUUCUCGACUACAGCUGUUGUCAGGACCGUUCGGCGCAAAAGCAGCACUGGCUCGAGGAGUGCGUACAAGAAUUACGGAACAACGACAUUUGGGUGAUUCCCGCCCUCAAGCACAUCCGUGAGAUCUGCGUUCUCUAUCAAGAGACGCAACAGCAGACAUCUCACGGACUAGUGCCUCGCGGAGCCAGUCAGGGUCCAGCCCGUAGCGACAUUAUCUCUGCGUUGCAAAAUAAGCACACCUUGGUUGUCCUCGUUACAACGAACCUCGUGAACUAUGUAGAGGAAUCAAAGAAGUUUGUUACCACGCACCCUGAUCCGAGCGUGGCUCGAGAGGGCCACAGGUACCCGCACAAUGUCAACGUUUACGAACGUUUACGCUUUCUUCGGUUUCUUUUGAAGGAUGGCCAGCUGUGGUUAUGCGCACCGCAAGCGACACAAAUUUGGAAGUGCCUCGCCGAGAAUGGCGCCUAUCCAUCGGACAGGGAAGCUUGCUUUAACUGGUUCGCAAAGCUCAUGGGUGACGAACCUGACCUUGAUCCGGAUAUUAACAAACAGUUUUUUGAGGAGAACGUGCUAAAAUUCGAUCCCAGUCAACUGACUGAAAGCGGUAUUCAUUGCUUUCAUCGGUUUUUCAAAAUGGUUAACGUUAAAGAAGGAAAUCUUGUUACAAUGAAAAGUGGCAUGAGCGCUUCUCCCAACGGCACAAAUGUUGUCUACGUCGACAACGUUGAACUCGUCGGCCAGGAUUACCUAUGGAAGGUCGUGUUAUUGGCCCCCGAUAAAGUAAGUGCCCGAGCGGCCGGUAUUUUACGAGACACAACGACAAACCUCGGACCGAAAUUGCACGAGGCACGGACAGCGUUGCAUGAGGAGUUUGUCACGACUUGUUUUGACAGAAUCCGCUUGGCUUAUGGUGCAUGGAAGCGCCUACAACCGUCCGAACGGGCUAUCGAACUGCGCAAGAUGCGUCGUCUGCUUCGUCUGCUGACGCAGUAUGUACAACAAUGUGAUGGCGACUACCCUGAAAGACUCUACCUACCGCUUCAUCGGGCGCUACGCGGUAGAGAAAUGCGCGCUACGAUUCAGAUAUGGAGCAGUAGCGGAACGAGUAACAACUCGACAGGAGCAAACAGCAGCAAUACGAGCAGCGCUAGCAACAGUAGCGGGUCUAGUGAUGAAAUUGUCGUCUCAACGCACACAAACGAAACGCUCUUCAGCCUCAAACGUAAAGUAGAGCAUCGGCUGGAGAUGGGCAAACUAGAGCUGUUCCACGGUGAGGAGUCACUGAGUGAGAAAAUGCACAACUCGAUGGGCGCUAUUUUCCCUACCGCAAGAAUGACGUUACGCGCGAAGGCAGCGGUGACUACCCAAUCCCUCGGUUUGACGACAUCGACUGGCGCUGGUGAAGCUGGAGCUCACCAGUCAUCGCCCGCGUCGUCAUCCUCGAGCGAAAGUGAGUCUCCUUCGCCGCCUCAACUGUCGCACGCCUCCCAGAUGCUGCUCGAGAACCAGCUACCAGGCGUGUUGAUUGCACGCAAAGAGAACCGUGUCCGGUUUUGUUUGACCCUCUGUGAUAUCCCUGAGUUGCACGAUGUGACGUGGGCGCUGCUGCAGCAGAUACCAUCGAGCAGCGACGUCAUGGCACAAUUAAAACAAUAUGCGGCUGGGGAGCCCGGAAAACUUGCAGCGUACUUCAAAGCAUCCAGCUCGAUUUCUGAACUGCAGUAUAAUCUGGAAGUUCUCUAUGCUAUGCUGCUGCCGGCUACCGAUCCAUUAUCAGAGGAGGCGUUAACACUUCAAUGCAAUUGUAUUCGAUCCGGUGUUCUGCAUGCGCUAGCCGAUAUGCUGCUGAAAAGACCAGCGGGAGCUCAGCCCGUUGAGUUACCGCACAGUGUACAGUUGGUGUUGCUGAAACUGUACAGAUUUCUUUUAGCAAUCCUGAUACGAAACAGUUCGUCGGCGGUGGCGGCUGCUGAACCUCACGAGGAUUCCGUAGUGUCGACGGUAGCUGGCAAAGUGGUAGCCGCACUCCAAGGUCAGCAAUUUACUAUUAAACCCCUAUGCCCUAGUGCCGUGGAAUCAAUUUUGAGUACGCUGGUCAAAUCGUCUUGGAGCUUAGCCAACCUGGACGAGAUUUCACCUGAUAACGUGCAUAUCUGUCAGGAGUCACUUUAUACGCUUACUGCAAGUCUGCGAUUACUUAGCGAUGCUAAGAUCACGUCCGGAGUGCUACAAAAUACCGAGUACAUAUUUUACCUCCUGCUCAAGUGCCCGAACGCGUCCGUUCGUCAAGCUGCUGAGGACACUUUUUACAACCUAGGGAAACAAUUUGGCCCGCUUAAUUUUAUCACAUCACUCUAUGCUCAGGUAAAUGGCGAUGUAGUCACGCAUCACGAGAAAAGUUCUGAGUACUUCUCCCUCAUCGGACGACUGCUUGGAACGCUGAAAUCUUUCUCUGAAGCUAAGGACCUCUUCGAAAAAGAACUUUCCUGGCUGCGGGCGGCAAAGGAUGAUGCACAGCCCCCGCAGCUAACCGAAGGCCACUUAAUCGUCGCAAUUAGCGUAUGUCGCUUUUUAUCGAGCGAUGAAAAAGCACGCCACAAUGACUUUGUCCGGGAGCUCCUCGAAGAUUUUGUGUUUCCUGCCUCCAAAGCAUUCGUGGCACUGAAAAACCCCGAACUGAUGAGCGGUCAUCAUGAUCAAAACGCCGCCGAUCAUAUGGAGAUUGGAAAGUUGAAACCCAAUGGAAACCAUGGACAGCUACUGGCAUCCGAAGGUGUAACUGCAAAAUCGGUUUGCGUCAAUGCCUCGAUCACAAACGCCGCUCUCGACCUAGUUGUCGAACUGUGUUGUCGUUGCUUGACGAAUCUAGCAGAAACGAACCGAAUUCUCAGUUACAUGUUUUAUUCGGAUAAGAACGCCCGAAUAACGGAAUGGGAGUAUUUUCCCGCCGUUGGACCCCGGCCUCCAAAGGGCUUUGUAGGCUUAAAAAAUGCCGGCGCAACCUGCUACAUGAAUUCGGUGCUACAACAACUCUAUAUGAUUAAGCCUAUUCGACAGGGUCUUCUCUCAUUGAAAGACGUUGUCACCGAAUCUGAUCUGACCAACGGAGGCAAUGAGUCGGACUAUAAUCUUGGUGUCCUAAAACAAGUGAUGAUCAUAUUCGGUUUUCUAGAGAAAAGUCGACAGCAAUUCUACGUGCCGCAAGGGUUUUGGAAUCACUUUAGACUGUGGGGAGAACCGGUGAACGUACGCGAGCAACACGAUGCGUUGGAAUUCUUCAACUGUCUCGUUGACUCUAUUGAUGAAGCACUUAAAUCACUCAAUUGGCCAACGAUUCUCAGCAAGGUAUUGGGUGGAACAUUUGCCGAUCAGAAAAUCUGCAAAGGCUGUCCACAUCGAUACAGCCGCGAAGAAAGUUUCACGACGUUGAACAUCGAUAUCCGCAAUCAUUCGAACUUGUUGGACUCGCUCGAGCAGUACGUCAAAGGCGACCUCCUGGAAGGACCAAAUGCCUACCAUUGCGAGCAGUGCAGUAAGAAGGUAGACACUGUUAAACGGCUCUGCAUAAAAUCUUUACCACCCAUCCUGGCUAUCCAGCUAAAGCGAUUCGAUUAUGAUUGGGAUCGUGAGUGCGCUAUCAAAUUCAAUGAUUAUUUCGAGUUCCCUCGCGACCUCGACAUGGAGCCGUACACAGUACAGGGCCUAGCCAGGCGCGAAGGCGAGCCCGUGGAGCCAGAUCGAACGGACCGAUCGGAGCAAGCAGCUAAUGCCGGAACUAUCUACGAGCUCAGCGGUAUCGUCGUUCACAGCGGCCAAGCCAGUGGCGGCCAUUACUAUUCGUACAUCAAAACAGAUGGUCAGUGGUACAAGUUUGAUGACGGCGAGGUUUGUGAAAGCAAGAUGGAAAGUCAUGAAGAAAUGAAGAAUCAAUGCUUUGGAGGUGACUACGUCAGUGAGAUGUUUGACCACAUCUCGAAGCGGAUGUCAUGCCGUCGACAGAAAAGAUGGUGGAACGCUUACAUUUUGUUCUACGAACGUGUCGACUUAGCGGAUCGAAUAGAGCGACAGCUGCGGAUAGAACGGCCUGACGAGAUGGCUGCAGCAAUGUUACCGCCAGCCAUAGAGAUGAGCGUGUGGCAACAGAACCUUCAGUACACACAUGUGCACGUCCAGUUCACCGCAGAAUUCUUCCGAUUUGUCAAGAACUUGGUAAGUGUCAAUGCCAAACAUUUGACAAUGACGGUUGCUGCGACCGACGACAGUGGCGACGAAAAUCACCAGGAAGCACAGGUUGUGGAGGUGCCAGAUGUGCCACUGUUGAGUAUGCAACUGGCUGAUAAAUUCCUUUUUAGUACGUAUUUCCACACGAAAAAAGUCCUUCGUGGUAACAUGUCCGAAUGGUUGGCUACCCUGAUCGAAUACUUCAACAAUUCGCUUGAAGCCCGUACUUGGUUUGGCCAGCGGCUGACAAACGUAAGCUUGCCUGGUCACGGGAUCAUUUGCACAUACCUACUCGAAUGUCCGGUGGAAGAGGUUCGUCAUUGCUUCGCUCACCUAUUGGCUAACCUAGUCCACUGUCUAUUGAAAGAUACACCGAACCAAUCAUCAGAUUUCAACCCACUAGCUGUACGCAUUCUGAGCGACGUCAUGCAGUUGCUCGCUAAGGAUGUGUGCGAUUACGGCAGACAUGUAAAUCACUAUUUUCUCUUCUACUCGCUCUAUGCUGGCAUGGGCAGCCGGGAAAAAAUGCACCUCAUUAAGAGUGAAGUUCCACUGGCAUUUAUACGAUUAGCUCUCGAUGAUGGGGCCAUAAAAUACCAGUAUGCCGAACUAGGAAAGCUCUACCAGACCAUCGCCACAUUACUACACUGCCUUGACGUUACAGGAUAUCAGGCGGCCGCCGACGAGAGCCGAAGCUUGAAUUUACUUCUAGCUAAUCCGUAUGCCCGCAGUGUCUUGGCACCCAUGGAUGAGCGUAUUGCCGAGUACCUAUUCCAGCCAAACAGCUUUAUCAAGAAGCUGCUGGAAGACGCUAACGGCAUGGACGAGGUCGUUGACCUAGUGAAAUACCUCUGCUGGGAAAAUCAAGAGAUGUCGCGGAAUGUGCUUACUGAAUUACUCUGGUGUAUUGCCUAUGUGUGCACGUACGAAGUUCGGCCAUACCUCGAUAUUUUACUGCAUAUCCUCACAAUACAGGACUCCUGGCAAAUGAUUCGUAUCAAUAUGAUACUCAAGGGCAUGCGGCCGGACCGUGAAGCCCUGUUCGAUAUCAUUGAGCGUGCUAAAAGCCACUACCAGAAACGUGCUUACCAAUGCGUCAAGUUCCUGGUUGAGUUGUUAACACGUGUUCCGGAGGCGUUCGAAGACCCGGAGACUCGUCAGCGAUUGCAAGCUGCCGUCGAAUGGACCCGCACCGAGCUGGAUCGUAAACAUUACCCCGGCAGUGGCCAGCAGCAGCCCCCCUGGUCGCAGGUGUCCAACGAGACGUCUAAUGGCUACUUUUUGGAACGGAGUGCCUCGGCCGUCGAGAUGGUCAGCCGGGCUGGGCAGCUAUUGGCGCAGCUCUCCGACGGGGAAGAACAGCCGCAUCCAGCAGCGGCGGGUGAUACUGCCGCAAACGUCGCGAGUACGGCAGGUGCUGGUUGUACAGCAACAACUACAAUAACAGGAGCAACAAUUGCAUCGACAUUAUCUGAUAAAAAAGAGGCCGACCCCUGGAGAGAUGGUAUCGUGACCACGACGAACACAACGGGCAAAAAGGACGAAACUUGGCCAAAGGAUCGUACCCGGCCCAUCGAAGAACGGCAAGCUGAAACACCCGCCGGAGCUGGGGGAGACCACCCGCGCCAGGAAAUCACGCGGUAGUUCAAUAAGAAUUAAUAGAAGCAUUAUUAUAUUAUGAUUAUUAUUAUUACUGUAUUACUAUUAUGAUGAUAAUGCUGAAUUUUAUUAUUAUUAUUAUUAUUCAGAUAGUUUAAGCGAGGUGGAAAAAAUUGCCGUGACAGACUCCUUAUGUCUUCUAUUAUAAACCUACCUAUCUUCCUAAAUAGCAAAGGAACAACCACGAUUUACGGUCGAAACUCUUGUAAAGCAGCACAUAGUGUAAAGACGAAGCCUAGAUGAUAAUGAACUUAUUAUGGUAGGCGAUAAAUAAACAUGCAAAGAAGACAAAAACAAAACAAAAUAUUAAGCAAAUGAACGAUGCAAACAAAGGUGAUGAUUUCACGAAGGACCGAAGUGGCAGGAUAGCGAGGGAUUGGAAGGAUGAUGCAAAAUAUAAAGAGAACACAGUGUAAAGCUUUUUGUAAAGUAGUGCAUAUAGAUGAUAUAUAUCUCCUGCGUGCAGGCUUGGUGUUAACGUUAUUAUUUAAUAUUGAUGACACUGAUCGGUGAUGACAACGAAAGGAUAAUAAUAACGACUAUAAUAGAUACGAGAGGAUCAUAAAGAGAUAAAAUAAGAUUAAUUAAAAAAUGAAAGCCAACCAAUAAAAUAAUGCAGAAUGGGUUGGAUAUAACCGGAAGAUGACGAUUCCUGGGAAUCACUCCCGAUUGUAUUGAUUGAGCCAGAGCUAAUGGGAAGUAUAUGGAAAUAAAAAGGGUGCCAAGCAUCGAGAAGUUUUACUGAGUGGGCUCUAAUUAUAAUAAAAAUGGUCAUAGUAACGAUUAUAUACAUAAUGGAAUGUAUUCAAAAAUAGGAGAUCGUAAAUGACACGGAUGGAUAGAUGCACUCGGUUAAAGUAUAUACGAAUAUAUAUAUAUAUAUAUACGUAUAUAUAUAUAUAUACAUAUAUACGUAUAUAUAUAUAUAUAUACAUAUAUACGUAUAUAUAUAUAUAUAUAUACAUAUAUACGUAUAUAUAUAGAAGGAGGGGUAAGUUAGCUAUGAAAGUAGAGUGGUGGCGGAGUUAGGGCCUUGAGGUGUUCACUUACAGGAGAAGGUCUGUACCAAGUAUUGUUGGAUAGUGUCGAACAGUGUGGGCAAGGUUGGCAAUAAUAAUUUUGCCGGUGUACGAGCGGUUGAGGCGUUUCACGUAAUAAUAAAAAUAUGAUAAUGACCAUAAGAGGAUAACCUAACGGACAAGAGGAUAAGGCACAAUGUCGAGUGAGUAAAUGAGAAUAAAAAUGAUGAACGAAGCAAGCGAAUGGUAAAAGAGAAAUGAAAAAUGGCGGUCUAACAUUUUGUCGCAUACUUUAGUGUUGUUAAUAUUUAUAGCUGAUAGCUGCUGACAAGGUUGAUGGUAAUAAUAGAAGUAAGAGGAAAAUGAAUGGUAACAACUUAACGAUAAUGGAUACGCAAGAGCGGGACCGAGAGGAAAUGAUUAAUUAUCGGUUGAGAACGAUUGAGUACAGCGAAUCAGUGGAAAGAUUGGGGCUAACGACUUGGAUUUCACACAGCAAAACGAAGGACAUGAAGAAGACUUCAGCUGAAAUAAGUAAAAUGUAAAAAAAAUACGGGCAAGUUGGAAAGGAAUGAUCGGAUUGUCGUCGCGUGAAUGCUAAGUAAAUCAUAGCGAAUCAAAAAGAAAACAUGGCAUGACAUUUAGGGGGUUUGAGCCAUUGCGUUCUUCAGACGCGGAAGUUGACCCCGAGGCACUAAAUAGCCGAGUUUACUGCAUUGAUAAAGGCGUAUUUUUGAACAGCGACGCAGCCACGAUGAUGACGAUGGUGGGAAAGUGAGGUAGAGUGUAAUACGGGACACAGUGCAUUCUACAUUUCAGUAGGGACUCAGAAGGUGAUUAACAAUUGCCCCCGUCGAGUCUUUCUACGGAGAUCGUCAGGAACUGGGACGAAGCAGCUGGUACAGUAAAGAGGUUGUUAUUAUAUAUUUUGUUCGAACGUUUUUGUCGCGGGCUGAACACAACAAGUGGGAUAUGAGGAAGUGCUAAAACAAUUGGGAACAAACACAUAGAAAAUGGUCAAAAUAGGAGAACGGCUUUGAAACUCAACGCUAAAAAUAAUGAAGUGUCAAGAAAGUGACGGUCGCAAGGACGAUGAUUUACAUACGCAAAGAGAUGUGAAUACUUUAAUAAAACCGAUGAAAGUUA